AUGGCGUAGUCAGUAUCUCUGCGACUUUAUUGUCAUGACAAAGAACCGUGUAGGCUACACGAUGCUUCCUAAAGUCGACAUCAGAGAGGCUGCCCGCCCAUCUCCCCACGUCGAGGCCCGAGGGAGCAACCUCCCCAAGCUGCCGUCCAAAAUACAAUUCCACCGCGGAACCUACACUGGCGCCCUCAUCUUCAAUCUUGCUUCCUUCAUCCUCCCUGCCCUGUACGGCACCCUGUCGAAACUAUGGGUCGCCAACAUCGAUUCCUCCCUGGUCGUCACAACAGACGCGUACACCUACAUCGGCGUAGUCGCAGAGACCCUCAACGAAGGCCUCCCACGAGCGGCCUGGGUCAUCAUCGGUGACCAUGCCUCUCGCACCCUCUCACAGCGGCUCCAGUUCUCAAACACGCUCAUUCUCUUCCAGGCCUUCCUGGGUCUCAUAAUGAGCCUGGCAUUUGUGGGAGGGGCGAGGGGUUUCGCCGAUGGCUUCGUGCCCAUCGAGGUCCGCGAGGCAAGCAUCACAUAUGUGCGGAUCGGGGCGUUCAGCGCAUUCAGCUCUUCAAUUGAGACGGCUGUUGCGUCGGCUACCAGGGCGCUCGACCGACCUGACGUCCCACUAAUCAUGAACUCGGUCAAAUUUGCUGUCAACAUCAUCUUGGACCUGCUGCUCAUCUCUAAGAUCCACGUUGGCUCCCAUGAGCCCACAGUCAACAUGCAAGCAGGUAUUCAGCUUGCCUGCAACCUGACAUCUGCAUUUAUCGGCCUGGCAUACUUUCUUUGGAGGAAUACGGUUCAAUACCAAAAGGAAAGAGGAAACACUCCACAGGAGUGGACUACAACGAAGCCCCACUCCCGCGCACUCCUAAUCUUGCUCCGUCCCGGCGUCCUGACUUUCAUCGAGUCAGCAAUCCGCAACGCACUUUAUCUCUGGCUGGUAAGCAACAUCGUAUCAAUGGGUUCGACAUAUGCGACAGCAUGGGGCGUUUUCAACACGAUACGGUGGGGCCUUGUCAUGGUUCCGGUGCAGGCCCUUGAGCAGACCUCGCUUGCAUUGGUGGGCCACGCAUGGGGUGACUGGCGUCGAGAAAUCGGAGUCCAGAUUCGCCGUCCAAAGGCCACCAAGCAGGCCAUCUUCAAAUUCACCCGGCCAGCUCUCAUCUCCCUCGCCGUUGCUGUCGCCAUCGAGGUCCCUGUCUGUCUGUUCCUUACAUAUUUUGGCGCUCGUCCUUUCGCCCGAUACCUCAGCGGCUCUGAUGAUGUUGCAGACGUGACGGCGAUGAUGUGGCGUACAAUUGACUGGUGCUACAUCUUCUACGCCGUGUCUACCAUUCUAGCGACGAUCUUGUUAGCAACGCGACCAAGAUGGUACCUUCUGCAAAGUCUAAUGAGCAAUAUGCUUUACGUGUUGCCUUGGGCUAUUGUAUGCCAGACAGCUAGCUUGUCGGCUGAUAAGGCCUGGACGUAUCACAGUCUUGUUUUUGGCGGAAGUCUUGUGUUUAGCUUCGUCGAUAUUUGUGUCAUAGAUUGCCUCUGGAUUUGGACCUUGAUGACAGGCAGAAUGAGGCUAGAGAGAAACCUAUUUAUUCCAUAUCUAACUCCGCUGCUCUGUACCAUUCUCGUACCUGAUCAUCGGCCUAAUCCCAACUUUGCGGCUUCUCAAAUUCAGGCAAAUCAGAGGAAAGUGGUUUCGCACGUAACGGUGCUGGCUAGGUAUUUUCCGAGCUAG